AGCCUAUCAUAGCUAUACAAAAUGUCAAACGUUAAUUAGCGUGAGAAAGUUUACGACUAGUUUAGCAACAGCCUAAACGCUUAUCCUAAGACUUCACAAAGAAACAGCCCGUUGGUGUUUGUUCGGGGAGGAUAGCAUAUUGACUAACGAAAUAUUUGUAAACAUAAACAUUCAGAGUGAUUUUUUUUUGCAGCAGGAACAGUUUUGGAAUAGCAUUUUGCUGAAGUUCACUUGGGAAUCGCGACUUUUUACUGUGAUGGCUGGACGGGUUUUCCAUGUUGUGUAGCCUGUGUUGUUAUUUGUGGAGGAAGUGAGUUGGCCACCUGCGUUAAAUAGAAUUCGAAGGUAGCUUACGAACUGAUGCAGCAAAAUUAAUCGCUGGAAAUCUACAUUCUCUUGUGAUAGUAUCGAUUCACUUUACUCUUUUUGGGCUACGAUUACCUAAACACACGCUAUAGCUACUGCACAGUGCACAUUACACCAGGAUAAUAUUGCAGUAGGCUAAUCGUGCAUAGUGUGAGCACUCUACUGGACAUGCACGGCAUAGCGCAGAUUUAGCACGCUAUCAGCCUACUUGCUGUUGUAUUGCGGUGGAGACUCGAGACGAUAUCUUCCUGUUCACCUUCGAAUUCGAUCCGAAACGAUCUUUAAGACCGAGGAAUGAGGAAGAAAGAUGAGGAAAAAUGAGAUGUUUUAUGACUGCCUCCCUAUUUUCACAAAUUGAGGGCCAACGCGGACUACCGGAAAUAAAUCUCUCAUUGGGAUAGACUGAAAUUUCCGCCGGUUGGCUGAACGCUAUCACCCGGCACAUAUUUCUUAAUUCACCAGUGCACUGUAAUGCGGUAAAUAUGACAUGCAGUCAUAUUUCUAACGGUGCGCUGUAACUCGCCUAACACAACAGACAAGACUACUUUGUGACGAAGAGGCUAAUUCCUCCAAAUAAACCCGUGGAUUGGGGCUGUUGCUGUUACUACGGGCAAUGUAACGGAUAGGGGGAUAAAUAUUAAUUUCAAGGACCUUUCCUUCUCACGCGGUGUAGAUUCUCGGUAAUGCUGGCCUGAUUACCUAAACCUCGCACUCGCAGCAGAGGCAGACGUGGACGAAAGAGGAUCAGAUAUUUUCAUUCUAGACUCCUCCAUGAUUUCAUAGCCUGCGGGUUUUGCUUCGACUGGGCUCCAAGGGACUGAAGGAAGAGGAGCCGGCUUGUUCGCUCAGUGGGUGAUCUGUUGUGGAAACGGACUUCUAGCCUACAUCCACAAACUUCGCAGUUCCCUCGCCCGUAUACCUCGGUGUUACUGCGGAUAAAGGCGGUGCCACCGCGGGUUGACCGGAAUGUGACAGUUCUCAUUCAUAUGUAGGACUACAGCGGUGCUCGCGGAAUUCAGUUAUAUUAAAAAGAAUUUUCAAAAACUUACACAUUCACAUGGGCGAUACCAGGACACGGUCCUGUCUUGGUUGGAGCCGGGCUUUCUGUCAAGACAACGGUGCCGCUGACCCUGAGCGGGAGAAACGAUGGGCCGAAUUGUUCGAGCAAAUAGAUUUAAAUAAGGACGGGCGGAUCGACGUCAACGAGCUGCGGACCGGAUUGGCGGCUCGGGGUUUCCUUCGGAGCAAUGUGGAGGAGAUAGUGCAGGCAGGAGACACCAACAAGGAUGGCCAGCUGGACUUUGAAGAGUUCACUGAAUACCUGCGGGCCCAUGAGAAGGCACUGCAGCUCAUGUUCCGCAUUCUGGACCACAACAACGAUGGUCACAUAGAUCUGGGGGAGAUCCAGCGCUGUCUGCACAACCUGGGAGUGGAUGUGUCUGUGGAGCAGGCUUCCAUAAUACUGCAGAGCAUGGACAAGGACGGAACCAUGACCAUCGACUGGAACGAGUGGCGAGAUCACUUCCUGUUCAACCCCAUCCACAAUGUGGAGGACAUUGCCUACUUCUGGAAACAUUCUCUGAUGCUCGACAUUGGUGAGCAUCUGACUGUUCCAGACGAGUUUUCGGAGCGGGAGAGGAAGUCUGGGGUGGUGUGGAGGCAGCUCAUGGCGGGGGCGAUGGCGGGGGCCGUGUCACGUACAGGCACGGCCCCCCUGGAUCGCCUCAAGGUCUUCUUACAGGUUCACGGCUCCAGGACCCCCCGGGGUAACCUGUGGACCAGUUUGCGUGGGAUGGUGCAGGAGGGCGGUGUUCGGUCCCUCUGGCGCGGGAACGGGAUCAACGUUCUCAAAAUCGCCCCGGAGUCCGCCAUCAAGUUCAUGGCCUACGAGCAGAUUAAACGGCUGAUGAGAGGGAACAACACGAACGCGUCCCUGCAAGUCCAGGAGCGGUUCAUCGCGGGGUCGCUGGCCGGAGCCACGGCCCAGACCAUAAUCUACCCCAUGGAGGUUCUGAAGACUCGGCUCACCCUGCGCAAGACGGGACAGUACUCUGGGAUGGGCGACUGCGCCAAGAAGAUCCUGUUGAACGAGGGCGUGCUGGCAUUUUACAGAGGCUACAUACCCAACACCCUGGGCAUCAUCCCCUACGCUGGCAUCGACCUUGCCGUCUAUGAGACCCUGAAGAACGCCUGGCUGCAGCGGUACUCCGCGGGCUCACCGGACCCGGGGGUUCUGGUGCUGCUGGGCUGUGGUACCGUGUCCAGCACCUGCGGCCAGCUGGCCAGCUACCCGCUCGCUCUGGUCAGGACCCGCAUGCAAGCCCAAGCCUCGGUGGACGGCGCCCCCAAGCUCUCCAUGCUGGGCCAGUUCAAGCACAUCGUCUCCCAGGAGGGCGUCCCGGGGCUGUACCGCGGCAUCGCCCCCAACUUCCUAAAGGUCAUCCCCGCGGUCAGCAUCUCCUACGUGGUGUACGAGCACAUGAAGAAGGCCCUCGGCGUGGGCUCUUAGAGGGAGGAGCCAGGGAGGAGGAGGAGGAGGAGUGGUGGAGGCAGUGAUCGUGGGUGUGGGGUCGGGGUGGAGGAGCCCCCGUGGAUGGCUGGGUGUCAACGGAAAAGUCCCCAGUGGGACGGGACACAGGAGAGGGGGGUGGGGGUUACACUUGCCCCAUCCCUGAGUACCCUGACUCACGCGCAGACUGGUCCAGCAGCGUACCCGUAGAGAACGGGAAGAGUUUUCUGAGAUGUGAUCCAAGGAUCCAAGUGCUGCUGGGUCUUUUCCAUGGUAGUUUCUUACUGUUUUUGUACCAGGCAGAAACAGAACGCAAGUGGGCCAGUCUUAAGCGACACUUCUCGUGUUCCCGGCCGUUACGCCUGCACCUCAGGAACAGGUAACAUUCUCUUCUCUAGAACUCCCUCCUUCAGUGACAUCGUCGUAUAGCAGAGGAAUUAAAGAACAGAAAGUUUAUAACUGCAGACUGGCAAAGUGCUGAAAACUACCCCUGCUUCUGUGUGCACUAACAGACUUUGAGCCCGAAAGAAAUGUGAAUGUGAAUAUUCAGACUACUGUGUGCAACAUGGUGGAUUAUUAUCCUGUAGGGGGAAAACCUGAAACCAAAGCAUCCCUUCAUGAUAAAUCAUGAUGUGUUGAAAUAUGAAGCCAAAAAAAAAAAGAAAUAUAUUUUGGUUUGUAGAAAUAGGUGUCAUAUCAAAAAUGAUAUAAAACCACUUUCGUUGAAAUAUG